UUUUCUCUCAACUGGACAUCCAAUUGGAACAACAGAUUGGUGAUUACACCAAGUCAAUCGAAGAUAAUAUCAAUGAAGUUUAGGAACAUAAUAAAAGAAAGAAACUACUUUCCAACUAUCUUUGCAAAGUGUAAACGCCGUCCCCUCCCGAUUCUCUCAAAGUUUGCUUUUCUAUUUUUGACUAAUUGACUUUGAGGUCUGCUGGCAAUGGAGGCAGCACCGAAGACGGAGAAGGGCGAGCCCAAAGCGGCGCGUGGUAAGGGGUUCUCCAUGAUAGGCGACGACGACCUUCACAACAUUCUUUCGAAGCUUCCGGCCUUAUCCUUCGCGUCUGCGGCCUGCGUUAGCAAAUCCUGGAACACCAUCUGCAAUCGCAUCCUCUUCUCUCGCCCUAAGCUCUCUUCUGCUCUCUCUCUCCACGCCUGUCCCCAUGUUGCUGUGCAAGAGGUUCUUGAGAAGGUGCUCUCCGAGCCCAUUCGGCCGCAUUUCGCUAUCGCAAACGUUGGCAGCGGAUUCAGCCUGAUCGAGGCCUUUCGGCUUAUAACGAAAAGAUUGGGGUCUCGUAUGCCUUUUAUUAUUUCUACAGCUAAUGGAAUAAUCGGAAGGGAUUCUCUUACCAAUGAAUAUAGAGAGGUGAAGUGGAUGGAUAUUGGUGGUGAUUUCCACGAUGAAGAUGGCUAUAUACCGGCAAAAGAUUUAAAUAAUGGUAUUGUUUUGACUGUUGGGUUUCUACCGGGAUUAAAAGUUGAUGCUAUCCCACUUUUACGAUCUGUAAAGGAGCCUCGAGUGGCAAUGGUUGACCAGUUUGUAACGGAUAUUAAGGAUUAUACAGCCUCUGUUUCGGGUUGCGCAUCCCCUGUUGGGAUUAUAAUGUUUGGAGAAGGGCUUGUUGACAUGAAACCCAUUAUUGAUGUGUUGGAUUAUGCUAUGCCAAUGGAAACUGUCAUUGUGGGUGAUGAGAAAGGCCGCUUUCUGUACAAAAGUGGGAAUGAGUCUAGAAAUGUCUGUGGGAGUACAAAAUACUUAUCAGAUGCUGUAGCUCUUGUAUUUGCAAGGGAUAAUGAUAAGUCUAUUGGUAUUGGAGAUAUCCAAUUCCAUAGUACAUUGUCAAGUGGUGUAUCAGCAGUAGGUCCAAUACACAAGGCAGUUUCCGUUAAAGAGAACUGCUCUGAACAUACUACGUGGCUUACUGCUAGAAAGGAAGGACAACAUGAGGUUCUUGAUGGUCAAAGAAUUCUAGAUGACAUCAAUAAUGAGCCAGGAAGUUGUAUCAAGUCUUCUAAGCUGUACAUUAGGGUUACCAAACGGAGAAAAUGCUGUAUUGGGUCAGAGAAACCAAGGCUGAUAACAUCCUUGGCAUUCCAUGGAGUUAAAGGAACAGAUGAGGGGUGCCUUUAUGUCAAUGGUACUAACAUCAAAACUGGUGAUUACUUCCAGUUCUACCAAUCAGAUCCCAAUACUGCAUUAUCCUCAUGUGUUGAUGCCUCCUCAAACCUCAAAAGUUUGAAGCCAGACGGAAAUUCCAGUAGUUGUCAUCGCAUGAGGGCUGUUGCUGUUAAGAAGGAAAUUUUUGGAGGCCUUAUUUUCUCAUGUUAUGGCGAUAGGCUUUUCUCUAGACGCAAGAUUUAUAGCUCUCGAUUCACGGAGAGCUUUCCUGGGGUUCCAUUUGCAGGAAUAUUUUGCAGAGGGGAAAUUGGACGUGGCUUUUCAAGCUUGCUUGGAGAAAGCAACAAAGAGGGCUCUGCUCACUGUAUGCGCGCCUAUAGCACCGUUUAUCUAGUGAUGUCCUAUACCUUGGCACGUCCUGAGCAUUAAUAUUAUUAUGGCAGGCAACAAUACUGUUCUUUUGUAUGCCUUCAAAUUAAUAUUUCUGUUUUGCCUUAAAAUUAACACUGUUCUAGGUGGUCUUGCUGCCCCUGGGGCCUGAGCUGUUUGUAUUUGUAUGAAUGUGAAUAAUUUCUUUUUUAUUAUUAUCAUUUUUCUGU